CCAUCAUUUCACAUGUUUGAGAGGAUAAAACCGUGUGGGAGAGAGAGCAGUGACAGAGCUUUGUAACCGGGUCCGGACCAGAACCAGAACCAGAACCAUGCCGGUGAGACGGGGCCAUGUGGCGCCACAGAACACUUUUGUGGACACCAUCAUCCGCAAGUUUGAGGGACAAAAUCGAAAGUUCAUCAUCGCCAAUGCACAGGUGGAGAACUGUGCCAUCAUAUUCUGUAACGACGCCUUCUGCGGGAUGUGUGGUUACACGCGUGCCGAGGUGAUGCAGAAGUCCUGCACCUGCAGCUUCCUGUACGGACCUCACACCCACAGACCGGCCGUGGCCCAGAUGGCCAAAGCUCUGCUGGGGGCAGAGGAGAGGAAGGUGGAGAUAUGCCUCUACACCAAAGAAGGAGAGUGUUUCAACUGUGAGAUUGACGUGGUCCCGGUGAAGAACGAAGUGGGCAGAGUCAUCAUGUUCAUUCUCAACUUUGAGCUGCCCUCUGACCCCAGACCGGUCAGCAGCUCUCCGGCCAGAGAGCUCAACAGAGUGCUGCACAUUCCCUGGCUGUGUGUGGAUUGGCGGCAGCGCCUGCGUCUCCUCCUGCGCUCCCUCGGCUCCUCAGGUGUCCUGUCAGAGGACACAGAGCUGGGUUCUCCUCAUGGCGACCUCCCUCCCCUUGGACACGAGUCUGUGGCGCUGGACAAACUGCUGCCACUCACAGAGAGGCGAGAGCAGGACGAGGCGGGAGCUGUGGACAAAGAGGAGUGGGAGGAGGAGGAGGAGGAGGACGGAAGAAGAGGAGGAGGAGAUGCUGAUGCAACUCUGGUGGAUACAAGAACAGGAGGAAGAGGAGGAUGGAGAAGUGAAGGCACAGGUCUGCCCGCAGCUCCAACUUCAGCGCCUCCAGCACUGGCCCCGCCCCUUUCCUUCUCACAUGCUGCACCAUGGCGCGAGCAGAGAAGCAGAGGCCAACGUGACGACUGCCCUCCUCUGUCCAGCAGUUUUGACGACAGUGGUGGGAUUUUAAAACAUUCCUCGUCAGUGGACGACAUCAAGAGUGGACAGGGUUACUGGGAAAAGAGACUGCAGUUGAGACACAGCUGCACCGCUCGUAUGAUAACCAUCAGAAAAUCCAGUGGAACUGCAGCGACGUCAGACACUGAUUUACGCUGCCGAGCCAACAGCCAGCAGAGCCCCGUGUCCCACUCUGGUGAAAUCCGACCUCCGUGCAAACUGAUGGACAGAACUCACCACGUCACAGAGAGAGUCACACAGGUUCUGUCCCUUGGGGCUGAUGUGUUACCAGAGUACAAGCUACAGACCCCCAGGAUCCACAAGUGGACCAUCCUUCACUACAGUCCGUUCAAAGCUGUGUGGGACUGGGUGAUUCUCCUCCUAGUGAUUUAUACGGCAAUUUUCACCCCGUACUCUGCGACAUUUCUGCUGAGUUCUCAGGAAGAGGCAGCCUUGCAGACCUGCGGUUACUCCUGUUCCCCCCUCAACGUGGUGGAUCUUCUCGUGGACAUCAUGUUCAUUGUUGACAUUGUCAUCAACUUCAGGACCACAUAUGUUAACUCCAAUGAUGAGGUGGUGAGUCAGUCUUCUCGGAUUGCUGUCCACUACUUUAAAGGCUGGUUCCUCAUCGACAUGGUGGCGGCCAUUCCCUUUGACCUCCUCAUCUACCGCUCAGGGGGGGAGGUUGCGAGGGGUGGCGGAGAGGGCGAGACCACCACCCUGAUUGGUUUGCUGAAGACGGCUCGGUUACUGCGGUUGGUUCGUGUAGCAAGGAAGUUGGAUCGUUACUCCGAGUACGGUGCAGCUGUUCUCUUCCUCCUCAUGUGCACCUUUGCCCUCAUCGCUCACUGGCUGGCCUGCAUCUGGUAUGCCAUUGGUAACGCGGAACGGUCAACCUCAGCUGGUGUCGGAUGGUUGGACACUCUGGGCGAACAGCUGGGGAGGCCAUACAAUGCCUCCAUUGCGGCUUCGGGUCCUUCCAUCAGAGAUAAAUAUGUCACAGCUCUGUACUUCACCUUCAGUAGUCUGACCAGUGUGGGCUUUGGGAACGUCUCCCCGAACACCAACUAUGAGAAGAUUUUCUCCAUCUGUGUCAUGCUCAUUGGUGCUUUGAUGUACGCCAGUAUUUUUGGUAAUGUGUCCGCCAUUAUCUUGCGGCUGUACUCUGGUACGGCGCGCUACCACACGCAGAUGAUGAGAGUCCGUGAGUUCAUCCGCUUCCACCAGAUUCCUAACCCUCUGAGACAGCGGCUGGAGGAAUACUUCCAACACGCCUGGUCAUACACCAAUGGCAUUGAUAUGAACGCUGUUUUGAAAAGUUUUCCAGAGUGUCUCCAGGGAGAAAUUUGUCUCCACCUCAACAGGUCACUGCUGCAGAACUGUAAAGCUUUUAAAGGAUCUACUAAAGGCUGUUUGAGGGCCCUUGCCAUGAGGUUCAAGACCACGCACGCUCCUCCUGGUGACACCCUGGUCCACGCUGGAGACCUGAUAUCAGAUCUGUACUUCAUCUCCAGAGGCUGCAUCGAGAUCCUCAAAGGGAACGUGGUGGUCGCCAUACUGGGUAAGAAUGACAUCUUUGGAGAACCCGUCAAUCUGGAUGUUCUGCCAGGAAAGUCCAGUGCUGAUGUCAGAGCCUUGACCUACUGUGAUCUGCACAAGAUACACAGAGAAGAUAUUCUGGAGGUUCUGGAAAUGUAUCCUGAAUUUUGUGAAUAUUUCUGGUCCAACUUGGAGAUAACGGUCAACCUCAGAAAUGAGGAAAAUGAAGCAUGUGUUGUGAGUGGAGAAGACUCGGACUGUGAGGGACUCAGCAGACAGGGGAAACACACAGGUGACUCCAUCUCAAAGAGACAGAAAGCUGCCCUCAGAUGUCAAAGAAGACACCAUAAGUGGGAGAUGCACAGUGGUAGAGAUGAUCAUAAACAUACACUAUACGGCCCUGUGUUCUCCAGUGAGGAUGAAGUGGAGGAUGUAGAGGUGACCAGUCCUGCUCAGACCGCUAUCUCCAACAUGACCAGGUUCCCCGAGAUGAACGUGUUCCCAGGCGUUUCAAGCAUCUUUACACUCUGGGGCGCAGACAAGCGAGAGGAGCACAUGCACCUGGAGGUGCCGUGCUCACCCUCCCUCCAUUACCUGCCCACCUCCUCCCACUGUCCCUCCAGCCUUCCCCCUCCACUCCUUCCUCCUCCUCCGCCUCCUAAUGCCAUUAUCUAUGGGAGGCACCGCGUGGAGCUGGAGAAGAAGAUGGAUGCUCUGCAGCAACAGAUAACCAGGUUGGAGUCCUGUUUUUCAGAAGACCUCAGGACCAUCAUGCAGCUCCUGCAGAAGCAGACAACAGCGAUCCCACCUUCCUAUAGCACGUUGACAUCCACACCAUACGUGCCGCCUUCCCCUGUCCUGUCCCCCACUGUUGUUCCUCCACCUGUCUCAAAAGACAAGCCUCCGUCCACCAACCCCCAGCAGUCAAACGAAAACCAGGAACAAUUGCAGCCAGACCUCCCAGAGUCUAACUCAGUCAACUGUGUUCCUUCAGUAUUCGGUCUCAUGGCCUCACCCACUACCAUCCAUGCCUCAUCCUUUCACAAGUCUUCCUACUAGCCCCCCCCCCCCAUAUUAUUGGAGUGCCUGAGUCUGAGGUGAAUAUGUAGAGUUUGAAUCCAUGUUUUUGUUGGAAUUGUGAGCAAACUAAAUGACAAAAGAGCAAAUAAACCGUAAAAGAAUCCUGUUUACACCGGUAAUCACAUGCUCGGUGUACCUGAAUAGAAUAGUGACAGUGGUUCAGUGGUAUCUAUCAACUUUGAGGAUUUGAUUUCCCCGUUACGCUAGCUUGUCUACAUGCCAAUGUGCCUGAUGGCUGUUGGUAUGAAGAUAAAUAAAGACCAUUUACCAUAUACAUUUCAGGUAUGCUAGUAUGGACACAGAUUACCUCUGAUAUGAAGCUAUAACACUUAAUCUGCAUGCAGUUCUUUUUCAAAUGAAAACCUUUUGGUAUGGAUGGUUCAUCAUCCUGGUCCUGGGUUACUGAGCACCUGACCUUCCCUGCCACAACUUAGUCAGGUCAUCAUCAGUCUGUGGACCUCGUACACCAUCCAUCAUGUUCCACUGUCUUCCACAGCAGCCAUCGAUCGCUCAGAUGAGUCUGAAGUGGCUCCACCUGCCUGGGCCCAACAGUUUUGCCAUUUCCUCUGAACUGAAAUGAAAUGAACUGAACUGAACUUAACUGAACUAGUGCACUCUGGACACCAACUGUGAAAAAGCACAUCUUAAGCUUGACUGAAAAUAAACACAAUCCCAGCACUUAAGAAUUGAAUGUAAACAAUUCAAUUCUGACAUUUUCUUUGGGAUUCUGAGGUUAAAAUCAAGUCACACGGCCCUAAUCCUCUUCUGUGAUAAGAUGUACUCAGAUGUUAUAAAUCUAGAGAUAAACUUGAAUGCAUGCAACAUCAAUGAAAAUUGUGCAAUGGAUAUUUGCUCAGUGUUUACAGUCUGAUUAUGUCUUUGUAAUAAUCUCUUUGUGCUUUUAGGACAUUUAAACGUAGCCUACUACUUACAGUACGGUCCUCUGAUACAGUGUGUCCUGAACUUUCUGUAUGGGCGACCCACUUUAAGAAGAUGGCAAACUAUUGUGACCCAUAACAAAAUAUCAGUUGUGCCAACAGCAAAUUUGACCCAAGACCUAACACCAUUUUGUAUCAGUAAACAAACGUUUAGUAAAGUUUAGUUAAUUUAAACAUUUGCACAUAAAUCUUAAGUAAAAGGUUGGGCAAACUUUGUUGUGACCAGAAAAAAUCUCCCAUGAAGCACAUGCUGACAGACAGCAGGAUAUUAACAAUUAGAUUUCCUACUCAUUGUGUAUCUAAUGCGCUGGUACAUCUUCAGCUGGCGAGAAAAUCAUACAAUGUGUUGAUUUAAAAAAAAAAAAAUCUAGUAGAAAGAUAGAAAUUAAAGUGAUAAUCUGAGAUUAAAUUGUAUUGACGCCAGAAAUCGUGUGCUCAUCCUCCUUGUUGUGGUGACUCAAUUUGUGUAAAGAUGAUGGAGAAUGGGUCAAAGACAAACCUGCACGGAGACGCUCUGAAAGAUGGAUGAGUGACUAUUUUAUAAUCAUGUUUACGUGGAUAUGUGUAAUUAGGUUUAUUAUGUUCGAUGGAAAUUUAUCUGAUGCUGAAAAGGAGGAAGUGGAUUUAAUCUGAUCAAAAGUGAUCUGGAAUCUUUCACAAUUAGUAAUGUGAUAGUUCGACAUUAUGUUCUAUUAGUCCUACAAGAGGGUAAUUCUCAGUGUCACAGCAAGGAAAUAAAUAGUAAAUGUCAGAAUUUAA